UUUCUGACCAAGAGCCACUGCCUCGACCACGAGAGCUUGUAAGACUGUCAGUGGCAGAAUCUCCUCACGCGGAUAGAAGAUAAACAUUUAACAGGGCAAACAGAUGUUCACUUUAUAUAAACUUGUUGUUUGUGCCGGUGCAGAGGAUGUCCAGAGCUGACUGGGGUUUUCUGGAGCACCUGCUAGAAGAGGGUCAGGAGUACUCAACAGGCGUGGGACGCGUGUGGCUGACCGUGCUCUUCCUCUUCCGCAUGCUCGUGCUAGGCACGGCAGCCGAAACCGCGUGGGACGACGAACAGUCCGACUUCGUCUGCAAUACCAAACAGCCCGGCUGCGUGUCCGUCUGCUAUGACAAGGCAUUCCCCAUCUCCCACUUCCGGUACUUUGUUUUGCAAGUCAUUUUCGUUUCUACCCCGACCAUUUUUUAUUUUGGCUACGUGGCCCUCAGGGCUGGAGAUAAAAGGGAGGAUAAAGAGAAGCUGGAGGAGGGCAGAAGACAGAGAUAUCAAAAAACCAACGAUCGUACGCUGGAGGUCAUCGUAGAAGAAGACGGACAUGAUGAAGAGAAAUCUAGAGAGAAGAAAAGUAAAGCUUCCGAAGCUCCAAAGCUGAAAGGACGACUUCUGUGUGCUUACGCAGCGAGCAUAGCCCUCAAAGUUCUUCUCGAAAUCGGCUUCAUUGUAGGUCUAUGGUUUCUUUAUGGAUUUGUAAUUGAGCCCAGGUAUGAAUGCCAGAGGUUUCCCUGUCCUCACACUGUGGAUUGCUUUGUCUCCCGACCGACUGAAAAAACUAUCUUCACCGUUUAUACGCAAGUCAUUGCCGGGAUCUCCGUCCUCCUCAAUGUCAUGGAGCUUUUUCACCUGCUUCAGUUAGCGAUAACUUACAGACUAGAGAAGAGGUAUCAAGGCCAGGCGGAGAUCAUACAACUUAUCAGUAGAAAUCCCUCAAAAGCAGUACCCGCUGAAUCAUUUGAGGAGAAGGAACGCGUCUUCCUACCCAUAGCGAACAACAGUUACCCUUCAGAAUGGGACAACAGAGAACCACACCUGACGGAGUACACGCUCCCUAGCUACUUAAACUGCAUAAAGAAUGCGAAACCAGCUACACACAAAAGCUCCUCAACAAUCCAUCUUCACAAGAAGCACCAGAAGACCGACAACAAAGACAAACCCUCCAGAAUAGGACAUUACGUUUGAAGAGCAGAACAGUGAGAACCAAGGAUCCAUUUCUGGGGAGUUACAUUGAGGGAUUAGACGCAUGAACAUCAGUGUUUUUCUGUGCAUCAGAGAACCAUUUCCUUUGUUUAGAUAGACGGGGAAAUGGGAUGUGGGAUGGACCGUCUUUAGUGAUCCUUGGCCAGAUAUAGCUGUCUCAAAUGCUUUAGAUAAGUUCUAGGAAACACAAGGUCAGGAAAUAUUUAAACUAAUACACUGAUAGAAACAAGCACAAAAGCUACAGAAGCCAAACCGAAGGGUAGUUCGAAGUCAAGAACUGAAUGUCUAAUACGGUACAGCUUAGUAAAUACCAUACUGUAUUUAAAACCAAAGUGAAUUAUGUGAAAGUGAACUAACCAUUUCAAUAUUUAAAAUGUAUUUAAUAACAAUAAUUUUGUAUUGUUUUUUUAUAUUUAAAGAUGAACUUUAAUUAAAGGACUGCACAAUAAGCUCUAGCUGUGUUCGUCCAU